AUGUCGGCCCCCGCCGGGUCCCCUCAGCGCGCCGCCGGCGCCCGCAGCCAGCCCAGACUCGGGGGAGCCGCCGCCUCCGGAGCCGCCGCGGGCCCGGGCCCGGCGCCGCCGCCGCAGAACGGUCCAGCACAGAAUCAAAUGCCGGUUCCAUCUGCUUAUGAAUUGUAUACUCAAAGCUAUAGUAUUCCCUCGGGACAUCACUUUCAAGGACCUGGGAAAAUGACCUCAUUGCCGUUGGAUGGCCAGUGUGGUGAUUACUACUCUGGUUUCUAUACAGCAUCCACACAAAAUGCGGUGACUCCUAAAACUACAAACCAACAACCAGAAGCAGACCAGGUUUAUGGCAGACUUCUUCCUGCCCCUCACAAUGCAGGGUCCACUCCAGAAUAUUUCCAAGGUGCUGCAUCACCAGCAUCUCAUUUGUAUAUGAGUGCCUCACAGCCAUACUCCUCUUUUGUGAAUCAUUAUAGUGGUCCAGCUAUGUACUCUGCCAACUCUUCUGCUGUUUCUCAGGGAUUUCCCUCUACUUGUGGUCACUAUGCUGUGUCAACUAUUUCUAAUGCUGUAUAUCCUAGUGUUUCAUAUCCCUCUCUGCCUGCUGGUGAACCAUAUGGGCAACAAAUGUUUACCUCACAGAAUGCUUCAACUGUCAGACCAGUCAGAGAUAAUUCGUUUUCUAGUCAAAAUACCGCUCUCAGCCAUCCAUCACCACUUCCACCUCCACCACCACAACAGUACCACCAGCAGCAGAGCCUUUCGGGAUACAGUACUCCCUCAUGGUCAACUUCAGGCCCUCCAUCAGCUCAAGACAAUCUCAUCCGAAACCACGCAGGUUCCCUGCCUCCAGCCAACAACAACCCAACAAAUACCGUUGCAGAUUCUUUAUCCUGUCCUGUUACUCAAAAUGUUCAGCCUCCCAAGUCCAACCCAGUGGUAUCCACUGCUGUGUCUGGAGCCUCGUCAGCAAGAUUACCUCCUACUGCAAAUCACCUCGUUGAACCUGUGGCCUCAGUUACACAGCCAUCAGAGCUGUUACAACAGAAAGGCAUGCAGUAUGGUGAAUAUGUUAAUAAUCAAGCUAGCUCCGCACCAACUCCCUUGUCAUCAACUUCCGAUGAUGAGGAAGAGGAGGAGGAGGAUGAGGAAGCAGGUAUUGACAGCUCUUCUACCACAAGCAGUGCUUCUCCACUACCCAACAGUUAUGAUGCCCUAGAAGGAGGCGGCUACCCAGAUAUGCUUUCUUCAUCAGCAAGCAGUCCUGCUCCUGAUCCCGCUCCUGAACCUGACCCUACUCCAGCUCCAGUGCCCACUGCCCCUCACCCUUCAAAAGUGGCUAAACCAUUUGGAUACGGUUACCCCACUCUUCAGCCUGGUUAUCAGAAUGCUGCAGCACCACUGCAUUCUGGAGGGCAGCCCGGCCCAGGGUAUUCUGGAUUCCAGCAGUAUGCUCAACAGUAUCCUGGCAUGAACCAACUCUCCUCCAGUCUGGGAGGACUGAGCCUUCAGAGUGCUGCACAACCAGAAAGCCUAAGACCUGUAAACCUCACUCAGGAGAGGAAUAUUUUACCCAUGACUCCUAUUUUAGCUCCUGUACCUAACUUGAAUUUAGAACUUAAAAAAUUAAACUGUAGCCCAGAUUCCUUUCGGUGUACUUUGACAAAUAUUCCACAGACACAGGCUUUACUGACUAAAGCUAAGCUUCCUUUAGGAUUAUUGUUACAUCCCUUCAGAGACCUAACGCAAUUACCGGUAAUAACAUCCAAUACCAUCGUGAGGUGCCGAUCCUGUCGAACAUAUAUCAACCCUUUUGUAUCCUUCAUUGAUCAGCGUAGAUGGAAAUGCAAUUUGUGCUAUAGAGUUAAUGAUGUUCCUGAAGAAUUUAUGUAUAAUCCCCUUACCCGAUCUUAUGGAGAGCCUCAUAAACGGCCAGAAGUUCAGAAUUCAACUGUGGAGUUCAUUGCUUCUUCUGAUUACAUGCUUCGUCCUCCUCAACCUGCAGUUUACUUAUUUGUUUUAGAUGUGUCUCAUAAUGCAGUGGAAGCUGGGUAUUUGACAAUUUUGUGCCAGUCACUGUUAGAAAAUCUAGACAAGCUUCCUGGGGAUUCACGAACAAGAAUAGGAUUUGUGACCUUUGAUAGCACUAUUCACUUUUACAAUUUGCAAGAAGGAUUAUCACAACCUCAGAUGUUGAUUGUGUCUGAUAUAGAUGAUGUUUUUCUACCUACUCCAGAUAGCUUACUUGUCAACCUACAUGAAAGUAAAGAGCUGAUAAAAGACUUAUUGAAUGCAUUACCAAACAUGUUCACCAAUACAAGAGAAACACACAGUGCCCUUGGUCCUGCGCUUCAGGCUGCCUUUAAAUUAAUGUCUCCAACAGGUGGCCGUGUGUCUGUAUUUCAGACACAGUUACCUUCCUUGGGUGCAGGACUUCUGCAAUCCAGAGAGGAUCCUAACCAGAGAUCAAGCACAAAGGUUGUACAACAUCUUGGCCCUGCAACUGAUUUUUAUAAGAAGCUGGCUUUGGAUUGCUCAGGGCAGCAGACUGCAGUGGAUCUCUUUCUUUUAAGUUCACAAUAUUCGGAUCUUUCUUCUCUAGCUUGCAUGUCCAAGUAUUCAGCAGGCUGCAUCUAUUAUUAUCCAUCUUUCCAUUCUACUCACAAUCCUUCACAAGCAGAAAAGUUACAAAAUGAACUAAAACGUUAUCUCACAAGGAAAAUUGGAUUUGAAGCUGUUAUGAGAAUAAGGUGUACUAAAGGCCUUUCAAUGCACACUUUUCAUGGAAACUUCUUUGUGCGUUCCACUGAUUUGUUGUCCCUCGCCAACAUCAAUCCUGAUGCUGGAUUUGCAGUACAGCUGUCAAUUGAAGAAAGUUUGACGGACACUUCCUUAGUAUGCUUUCAAACAGCCCUGUUAUAUACAUCAAGCAAAGGUGAACGGAGAAUUAGAGUGCAUACACUUUGUUUACCAGUGGUAAGUUCACUAGCAGAUGUAUAUGCAGGAGUGGAUGUACAAGCUGCCAUCUGUCUUCUGGCAAACAUGGCUGUGGAUCGAUCCAUUUCAACCAGCCUCUCAGAUGCAAGAGAUGCCUUAGUGAAUGCUGUGGUGGAUUCACUGUCUGCAUACAGUUCCACUGUCUCAAAUGUACAGCACUCUGUGUUGAUUGCACCCAGCUCGCUCAAGUUGUUUCCUCUCUAUGUUUUGGCCCUUCUCAAACAGAAAGCAUUUAGAACUGGUACAAGCACACGCCUGGAUGAUCGUGUAUAUGCCAUGUGUCAGAUAAAGUGUCAGCCACUUGUUCACCUAAUGAAAAUGAUUCAUCCCAACUUAUACAGGAUAGACAGAUUGAUGGAUGAGGGUGCAAUACAUGUUAAUGACAGGGUCGUACCUCAGCCACCUAUUCAAAAAUUGUCUGCAGAGAAGCUGACAAGAGAAGGUGCUUUCCUUAUGGACUGUGGCUGUGUUUUUUACAUUUGGGUUGGAAAAAGCUGUGACAACACCUUCAUCGAGGAUGUGCUUGGGUAUCCUAACUUUGCAUCAAUACCACAGAAAAUGACACAUCUUCCAGAGCUAGAUACACUUUUAUCGGAAAGAACCAUAUCCUUUAUAACUUGGCUUAGAGACAGCAGACCAUUAAGCCCAGUCCUUUACGUGAUAAAAGAUGAGAGUCCUGCCAAAACAGAGUUUUUCCAACAUUUGAUUGAAGACCGGACAGAAGCUGCAUUCUCUUACUAUGAAUUUUUGCUUCACAUUCAGCAACAGAUUUGUAAGUGA